AUGACAGGGGUAGCAGUGACGUGGGUGGGUGAGCGCAGACGGGGCACUGCGGUGGGAGAGGCGAGGGAUGGGCGAGAGUGGGGAGACGGGAGAGGGGAGGGUGGGGUGAGAGGAGGGUGGGAUGGAGGGAAGGGGGGGGAUGUGAGGGUGAUAGGAGAGCUAAGCCCACCAGGUGGUCACACUCACAUCCAUUCCCCAGUCUGUCUUCCCUUCCAUGUCCCCCCAUCCAUCCUUCUAUGCCCCUUCUUUUCCCACCCUGCUACGCCCACCAGGAGAUCCCUCCUUUUCCUCUCCCCUCUUAUAUCAAGCCCUCUUAAGUCACUCCCCGUUCCUCUCCUGCCCCACUCCACCCUCCCGAUUUUCGUCCCCUACCCUUUAGCUGUGAUUCUCCUUCUUGGGAGGAGCCACGUGGCAGUGGUCACGUCAGCAGGUUUCAAGAUAUUCCGCUGUGCUGACAUGGCGCGACCCGUCAUGAGCCACCUGGGCGUGGGGCCGACAAAGUUCUCCCUUGACCCAUUCCCUCAGUCCCUUGACCCAUUCUCUCAGUCCCUUGACCUAUUCCCUCAGUCCCUUGACCCGUUCCCUCAGUUUUUUGACCGAUUCCCUCUGUCCCUUAACCCAUUCCCUCAGUCCCGUGACCCAUUCCCUCAGUCCCUUGAUCCAUUCCCUCAGUCCCUUGACCCAUUCCCUCAAUCCCUUGACCCAUUCCCUCAGUCCCUUGACCCAUUCCCUCAGUCCCUUGACCCAUUCCCUCAGUCCCUUGACCCAUUCCCUCAGUCCCUUGACCCAUUCCCUCAGUCCCUUGACCCAUUCCCUCAGUCCCUUGACCCAUUCCCUCAAUCCCUUGACCCAUUCCCUCAGUCCUUUGACCCAUUCCCUCAGUCCCUUGACCCAUUGCCUCAGUCCCUUGACCCAUUCGCUCAGUCCCUUGACCCAUUCCCUGAGUCCCUUGACCCAUUCCCUCAGUCCCUUGACCCAUUCCCUCAGUCCCUUGAUCCAAUCCCUCAGUCCCUUGACCCAUUCCCUCAAUCCCUUGACCCAUUCCCUCAGUCCCUUGACCCAUUCCCUUAUCCCCUGAUACAUUCCCUAAACAUUCCCUCAUCCCUUGACCCAUUCCCUCAGUCCCUUGACCCAUUCCCUCUGUCCCUUGACCCAUUCUCUCAGUCCCUUGACCCAUUCCCUCAGUCCCUUGACCCAUUCCCUCAGUCCCUUGACCCACUCCCUGAGUCCCUUGACCUAUUCCCUCAGUCCCUUGACCCGUUCCCUCAGUUUUUUGACCGAUUCCCUCUGUCCCUUGACCCAUUCCCUCAGUCCCUUGACCCAUUCCCUCAGUCCCUUCACCCAUUCCCUCAGUCCCUUGACCCAUUCCCUCAGUCCCUUGACCCAUUCCCUCAGUCCCUUGACCCAUUCCCUCAGUCCCUUGACCCAUUGCCUCAGUCCCUUGACCCAUUCCUGAGACAUUCCCUCAACAUUCCCUCAUCCCUUGACCCAUUCCCUCAGUCCCUUGACCCAUUCCCUCAGUCCCUUGACCCAUUCCCUCAGUCCCUUGACCCAUUCCCUGAGUCCCUUGACCCAUUCCCUCAGUCCCUUGACCCAUUCCCUCACUCCCUUGACCCAUUCCCUCAGUCCCUUGACCCAUUCCCUGAGUCCCUUGACCCAUUCCCUCAGUCCCUUGACCCAUUCCCUCAGUUCCUUGACCCAUUCCCUCAGUCCCUUGACCCGUUCCCUCAGUCCCUUGACCCAUUCCCUCAGUCCCUUGACCCAUUCCCUCAGGCCCUUGACCCAUUCCCUCAGUCCCUUGACCCAUUCCCUCAGUCCCUUGACCCAUUCCCUUAUCCCUUGACCCAUUCCCUCAGUCCCUUGACCCAUUCCCUCAUCCCUGAGACAUUCCCUCAGUCCCUUGACCCAUUCCCUCAGUCCCUUGACCCAUUCCCUGAGUCCCUUGACCCAUUCCCUCAGUCCCUUGACCUAUUCCCUCAGUCCCUUGACCCAUUCCCUCAGUCCCUUGACCCAUUCCCUCAGUCCCUUGACCCAUUCCCUCAGUCCCUUGACCCAUUCCCUCAGUCCCUUGACUUUACCCAUUCCCUCAGUCCCUUGACCCAUUCCCUCAGUCCCUUGACCCAUUCCCUCAGUCCCUUGACCCAUUCCCUCAGUCCCUUGACCCAUUCCUCCCUUGACCCAUUCCCUCAGUCCCUUGACCCAUUCCCUCAGUCCCUUGACCCAUUCCCUCAGUCCCCUGACCCAUUCCCUCAGUCCCCUGACCUAUUCCCUCAGUCCCCUGACCCAUUUCCUCAGUCCCCUGAGACAUUCCCUCAGUCCCUUGACCCAUUCCCUGAGUCCCUUGACCCAUUCCCUGAGUCCCUUGACCCAUUCCCUCAGUCCCUUGACCUAUUCCCUCAGUCCCUUGACCCAUUCCCUCAGUCCCUUGACCCAUUCCCUCAGUCCCUUGACCCAUUCCCUUAG